UUGCUCACAGGUAAACAACAAAACAGGGCUGUCUGGCGUGUGGCAGAGGUAACGAUAGCGUUCUCUCAUGCACUUUGAAACAUUGAACAAAGACAAAUUGUUCAUGCAGGAAGCUGCUGUUUGAAUUAUAACAAGACUUGGAAAAACUGACAGCACCAGUAGUUCCAUUUGAAAGAGAGGAAAGUGAUGUGAAUAUCCUCAGUAAGGGUGGCAUUAUAAGUUGUUCCAGUGAAGGAAAGUGAGAGCAGUAGCAUCAAGCAGAGUGGCACAGGAACUUCUACUCAGACAACAGCUCAAUCUGUUAGUAACAUUAAAUGAAAAUCAAGUGAAGGCCCUUUAGGAAGUCCUAUGAUGCUGUCAGUGAGUUGGAGUGGUCGCAGAACUCAGGCAGUCAUGAUCAAAUUUAAUGGGAAAUGUGUCACCUUUUAGCUCCAGCCCUGCAGAGAUGGAGGACCCACCAAAGAAAAAAAUGCACAAAGGGGAGUCAUCAUCUGCCGGUGACCAGUGUAUCGAAGUGAUUGAUGAUUCCAAGGCUUUUGUGGCCCGCUUUGCCGUGCUCUUCAACAGUGCCGACUUCAGCGACGUCAAGCUCCGAGUCGGCGAUGUCAGCUUCUUUGGACACAAGUUUAUUCUGGCCUCUGCCAGCAAAGUGUUCAAAGCGAUGUUUGGGAAUUCUUCCGCGUGGGAGGAGAGUCGCCAACAAGAGAUACGUCUGGUAGAAGAAGAGGCAUGUCAGGCUGUGUUCUAUGAUUUCCUCAGGUAUUUCUACUCUGCCAGCAUCGACAUGAGCACAGACAAGGCUCUGCCGUUGCUGCUGUUGGCGGACAAGUACAACGUUCAGUCGCUGCGCAACGCGUGCGUCGACUACAUGAUGAAGCACAUCGAGGAACUGCCGGACAAGAAUAAGACUCUCACAUGGUAUCAUUACUCCAAGCUGACCGGUCCCGAGCGGCUGCGAGACGCCUGCAAGGACUUCAUCGUGUCAAACUUCAGCGUGGUGCUGGACGCCCACGACUGGGUGGAGAUGGAGCGGGAGGAGCUGGCAGACUUUGUCGGGAUGUCGGAGCUGUGCGUGGAGUCGGAACAGAAACUUUGGGAAAAGGUGGAGCAGUGGUUAAUGGCGGACAACAAUGCGGAGUACAGGAGGGAAAAUGUGGAAACCAUCAUACCUUUGCUCAGGUUUUGCAAAAUGACUCCUUCCGAGCUUUUGGCCUUAGAAUCUUCGCCUUUGAUGCAGGAGUUUGCAGACGCGCUCAAGGAUAAACUGGGAGCUGCGUACCGCUUCCACUCCCUGGCCAGCAAUGGCGUCUUCCUCCACGGAGAGCAGGUGCCCUACCGGAACUACACCUCCAAGAUGUACGGCCUCAGGUUUCAGUUUGAGCUGAGGAACUACGCAAACAUUCCCAAGAUUGAGAGUCGGGUUUGCCUGUCGUGCCAGGUACCUUACAUGCCGUUCUGUGAGGGGAAGACAGACAAGAACAAUGGACUUGCCCAGUUUCAGGCAAAUUUCUACCCCAAAGGCUAUUUCUCGACUAUAUCCCUGUACGGGAACUUCAUGGCACGACAGAACGACAAUGUGACUUUGAAGAUCAGCCGCCAAAACGCUCCGUACACCUUCGGAGGACUCAGCGACGCCAGCCGACAGUACCCACCCAUGCUGGUGGAGGCCACGCUACAGCUGUACGGCAAGAAGAAAGAGUUACGGUUCGUGGGACUCACGCUGACCAAAACACACGUCUUCACCAGCAAAACGCCCGACCUUGUGGUGGAGAACGUCCUUGACCUGUCGCGGCUCAAGGCGGAGGAGUCGCCAUUUGUGGUGGAGGGCUCUCUGUCCGGGGCGGUAUUCGUCAAAGUUCAGCAAGUCGGGGAUCACUUGUUGGAGGAGGCGGGGGCGAGAGAGGCGUCGGCCGGAGCCUGUUUUGACCGCGGUCCCUCGAACGCCAGCCCGUGAUCUCUUACUUACUUAGUGGCGUUGGUGAUAGGGCUUUCCUUGUUGAACUGAUUGGUUGUUGGGGGGGGUGCCACUUUUCACGGUGUAUUUCAGGAGUUCUUGACGCCAAGAUUAUUCUCAAGUUACUAGUUCUGUUGUAAUGAUGGUUCUCUCGUCUUUGAUGUCACAAUAUCUCAGAGAGGCAAUUUUAAUACAAUUGGACAGUGGGGAAUUCAGGAAACUGCUUUUCUGUCAUACUGUCACGUUUUCUGAAAAUGCACUAUUCUUAGGAAUAAGAGAUAGCUUACUUUUUCAGUUCUGCUGUCAAUUGGUCUUUACUUACCAAAAUUACGUAAGUUGAAGAAGAAAUCAAUUUUAUGAGGUGAACUCAGAUCCAACUUGUGAUCUCUUGUCUUAUUUUACUCAACGCAUAAUUUCUGCUGCUGAAAUACUCACUUACUCUUUCUUAUUUUAACUUCAAUUUUACUCGGAUAUGCACUGAGCACAGUAUCAGAAGACCAUCUCUGCUUCUGUUGCUGCUACACACCUGAUUUCCCGAGAACUUUGUACCAAUGGUUGGAAAGUAGAAAGAUUAUACAAAUGUAAAUGGGUUUGAUAUUAAAGUUCCUACUCAUGCAGUCACUCCCAAGUAGUUGCAUAUGGCUUAAAAUCUCUUGUUGCUAGAAUUUGUUUCAUGGUUGAGUGGCACCCCAAGAUGAUGCUUGGAUAUUUAUAGCUUUGCUUGCUUUGCCAAAUGUAUGCAGUUCAUAUUUCUGGACAUGUGCUUCAUAUUUAUCAUAUACUCUCAACUCUCAGUCACUGCAAAACCUAGUCAACUUUACAAAGCUAGCAGAAGCAGUCAGGGCAAAAACCUAGUCAGUUUUUACAAAGCUGGUAGCUUUGUAUGCUUUACAUUAAAAAAUCCCAAAGAUAUUUUCCUGAAUUGGAUACCUUCUUGUGUUGGUGGCAAGCAAAGGAUGGAUCAAUAAUAUUUUGUCGUGCAGGGAUGUCAGUUUGCUUUUAUUCUUGAGAGAUGCAGUUAUAUCUCUUGCAACUGCUUUCUUUGGGAAUUGAUUCUGACUAUAGGAGGAACAUUAACCCCACAUGUGCGGCAUAGUUUUCACCUCAUAUAUAGGACAAGGGGGAGAUUCAGCAGAACUCAAUUUGUAUCACGUAUUAAAGUGCUCAUGACUUGCUUGUUUAUAGCAACACAGUUCGGCAUAGAAUGGGGACAUCCUGGAAAGACCAUGGGAACAAGACGUUACAAAUGGUCUCGAUUUGAUAGCUAGAGAAACCGUGAAGAACUGUGCCCUCAACAGUUUUGGGCACUUGGCGGUGUGAUCUCAUUCGGCACGACCCGAAGGAGUUCUGGGCGGAGCAUAGAGGCUGGCAUUGACUCUACCCAUCCUCCGUACUUCCUACGUAUUUCCUCCAUAUUUUCUCCGUAUUUCGAUGGGAUGCUUGGAAUUCGGAGACUCGACUGUUGUUGGUUGCUGCACUUAGAAUGGUGACGGAGUAAUUCUCAGCUUCUGCUUUGUGAGGACGUCCUUUGUGCUUGAGGAGUAGGACAGGAAUCAGAUGUUUUUGUUACAGAGCUGCCCGGCUUUUCAUUUUUUCUCAUGGAAUAAAUUUUUUGGCUUUUUUUUGGGGUGUUGUUUUUAAUAGUUUUCUUUUAGCUUCAAUGACAUUUUUGUCAUAUAUAAUGUCCUGUUUGGUACAUGGUUUGGGAGCUUGUGAAGGAUGGAGGGAUAGUUGUAGGGUUUUGUUUGGGUUUUUUUCUGUUCUGGAUUUUUUUUUUUUUGGUACCACCAGGACGAAAAAAAAUCCCUCAGGUACUUUCCUAUAUGUUUCGUUUUUGUUUUUUUUAGAUUAAUAAAGCUCUUUAGCCUUUUGAUCCUCACAUUUUAUGCAAAAACUUGGGCUGUGCCCCAGCUGUAAAAUAUUUUUUUAACUCGGGGGGAAAAGUAAUCAUGAAUUCUUGCUUUGGGAUUUGGUGCUAGUUAACAAAAAUUGUGUUUUGCAUUUAGUGUCAAUAUUUUUCGUCUAUUUUUGUGCAUUCUCUAUAGAACAGCACAGUGUUUUGUUUGACGACAUAGUCACUUCAAAAUAGAGCUGUUUUAGGUUCUAGUCUUCUUCGGGUUUAAAAAAAAAAAAGAUCCACGGUUCUUUUAUUUUUCUUAUUGAUCCUUGUUGGAGAAUUUGGUUACAGUGGCAUGUACAAAUGCUUAUAAUUUAUAGAUUCUAUGACUGUUUAUAUCAACAGCAUAUAGAUACACAACGCUACUAUACAGACAAUUCAUGCGUGCUAUGGCUGGAUGCCACAGUGCAGUGCACAUUUUCAUUGUUCGCUUCUCAGCCCGUUCCAAUUGGAACAUACUUUUUUUCCCAUUUUUGUUUUAUCCUAUCAAUUUCAAACAAUACCACAAUGUGUAAUAUGUGACAAUGUGAACACCGUGAAAUGAAUGAUCUCAGUUUUUGUAAACCAUACCCUGAGGGUACGGGUGUAAA